AUGUCUGGAAGGAAUCGUGGGCCCCCAAUUCCAAUGAAAGGUGGCUCACAUGCAGGGCUGCCUCCAUCUAUUCACGAGCCUCCAUUUGCCAGAGGCCUCGGACCAAUGCCCCAUCCUGCAUUGCUCGAAGAAAUGAGAGAAUCCCAGUUUGGGAUUGGUUCCAGACAACUCCCUCCUCACCCUGCAAUAAUAGAGGAGCGCCUUGCAGCUCAGCAUCAGGACAUUCAAGGCCUUUUGAUUGAUAAUCAGCGUUUGGCUGCAACCCACGUGGCCCUUAAGCAGGAACUAGAAGCAGUGCAGCAUGAGCUUCAACGAACUGAUCACUUUGCCCGUACGUUGCACACGGAGAAGGAUAUGCAGAUGAGGGAAUUGUAUGAGAAGUCUGUUACCAUGGAAAUGGAUCUUCGUGCCGUGGAUGCUAUGAGGGCUGAGCUUAUGAAGGUUCAUGCUGAUAUCAAGGAGUUGACCACUGCUAGGCAAGAGCUUACUGUUCAGGUCCAAGGAAUGACCCAAGAUUUGGCCAGAGCCACUGCAGAUUUGCAGCAGGCCCCCGCCAUCAAGGCAGAAAUUGAAGGUCUGAAACAGGAACUGCAGCGAGCGAGGGCUGCAAUUGAGUAUGAGAAGAAGGGGUAUGCAGAGAACUAUGAACAUGGUCAGGUGAUGGAGAAGAAGUUAAUCUCGAUGGCUCGGGAGUUGGAAAAACUUCGUGCUGAGAUGGCUAAUGCGGAAAAAAGAGCACGUGCUGCUGCAGCAGUUGGAAAUCCAGGUGCAGGUUAUAGUGCAAGUUAUGGUAAUACUGAAUCUGGAUACGCAGGCAAUUCUUAUGCUGCCAGUUAUGGAGUGAAUCCCAAGAAUCCUGUACAGGCUGGUGUAGAAGGUUUUUCUCAGUAUGGACCUGGACCUGGUGCUUGGGGUGCAUAUGACAUGCAGAGAGCUCAAGGGCACCGAUAG